GUGUGUGUGUGUGUCUCGUGUCUCACACACACACUAACUAGUGGUUUGACCCACAGCGUCUUGCAGCACCUUCCUGAAGCUCUUUAAACACAAUCUACACGACGAUCAGCACAGUGUUUCAGCUGUUCUCCCAGAUAAGACUGCCGGUGUGUCUCCUGCUUCCCAGAUCUUUAUUCUGAGAAAAAGACCCCGACAAUCUGACGUUCAGCUGUCUCAACUCUCAAACUGAGCUCAGAUUCUGAACUCUCCAAUCAAACAUCGGAGAUCUCAAUUUGAACUCAAACAUUUCUCAUCAAAGAGCAAAUGAGCUGCUAUCCACAUUCAUUUUUUUUUAUUUCUCAUCAUCUUGUUUAAGACAAAGUGGAUCCUGAGAACUCUUGAGCCGUAAAAGAGCAACCUAUUCCUGUGUGUUUAUACAUAACAACUAACCAACCCGACCUCGAAUGCUGUAUUUGUGUUACAGGUUUUCCUCCAGUGCGAGUGCUUGUGCUCUGACUUGAUCCUUUUGUCAGCGAACGUCUCCAUCUCUCCCAUAAUUCUCCUCCGAGCCGCUCGCAGAGCCCUGACUUUAAGGACACGGCGUUUAUUUAUUCAUGCCUCUCUUCUGGUUUACUGGAACUUCUGAUGGCUUGACACAGAUUUGCACUUUCCUCUGGUGUGUGUUCUCCUCGCUGCAUGUGCUGGCCGCGGGAGAGACGCGUGCAUGUUCCCCUGACGCCUGUCAGCUCCGCUCAUGUCCAGAAUCUCCCACCAGUGAGUUUAGCCGAGCAGCUCCAUCUCAAAAUCUUUAAAAACCCAACGUCUCUCUAGUAUCUCAGUUGUUCCUCCUGUCAUCUCAAGUGUAGAAUUAUAGAAGAGAUCUGAGCAUGAUUUGAGAAAGACUGAGAUCUCAACAUGAACUCCAAGAAAAAAAGGACUGAGCUGCUAUUUACAUGUUCAUUUCUCUCAAGGAGACACAUCUGAGAUUUACUUGAUACAUAAAUGAUACAUUAAGUCUCCUGCGUUAUAAAAGAGACACAUUUUUUUUUUUUGGUGUAGCAGGUGAAAAUGGUGCACCUGAUCACUUCGUGAAGUACUGGCACCGCUCUUGAUUUAGGGACGACGCACACACUCAACUUUAAUACUUUAAUACUAGGACUAGUGAUGAGUGCGUUAAUUAAUUCCUUUCAUUAACUAAAUGCAUAUUUAUGUCUUCAUGGCUCCAAAUGAGCGCCGGAGACCCAGUCCACGAGCGUCUGAUGAGGGCUGAGCCCCGCCAGCCAAUCAGCUCUCGCUUUACGCCAAGAGACGUGGCUGCCUGGCCAAUCACAGCGGGGACGUGGCAGAGGUGGGUGGGGCCUGAGUGCUGGAGUGUCUGUGUUCUGGAGUGAGUGCUCAGAGAGAGAGAGAGAGAGAGAGGAGAGACAACGCUUCGUCUGUGUGUUUGAUUCUGCUGCACUUCUCUCUCACUGCGAGUGUGUGUGUGUGUGUGUGUGUGUGUUCAUGUAUGCCGGCAGAGGCUGCGUCGCUCCUUCAUCACCUUCAUCUUCAUCAGUGAAUUCACAGCAUCGGCACACGAUCCUGCUCAUCUGUUGCCGUGGUGAUGGGCUGUCGACUGUCAGGGCCGUGGAUGGGCGACGGGAUGGGGGUUCAUGGUCAGGAUCUGACCCACCUGCAGAAGCAAGAGGCCUUCCGUAUCCUGGCCAGCUAUGAGCAGCCAAUCACGCUUCAGAUUGAGGGCCGGGGGCGGAGCCUGCAGUACAACAGGACGACGGACUGCAGCACGCAGACGGAGCGACCGUGGGAUCCUCUCCGGCCGCACUCCUGCACCCUGCCGCGACUGCCUCCCUCGGACAGGACGUACUACAAUCACAUGACCCUGCCCGGGACGCAUAGAGACGGAAGCAGAUACGAGUACCUUCCAAACACGCCCCGAGACCCGGAGCACAGAGAACGCCUGGCCUACAACGACCCAGAGUUCUCCAGCGGCGUGUCUCCGGCACAAAACUGUCUGAUCAGAUGCUGCAACACCAACCUGGAGGAGCCCAGAAGUUUCCAGAGUCAGACUGAUGACGAUGACUACAUGAUGGAGAAACCCCUGGGUUACCUGCCUCUUCACCAUGAGCUGGACAGUGGGCUGGGCUGGACGGACGGUAGCUUCCACCAGGGGGAGCUGUCGGGGGUGGAGACGGAGGAGGGGCUUGAGGAAUGCCACGGUCACGGCGGGGGCGGGUCACCAUCGUCGGAGUCCUUCAUCUCGUCUGAACUGAGCGACUCGGGUUUUUACAGCGUCAGCACCGGCGAGUUUAUGCGCUUCCAGCGUCUGCUCGAGAAACGCAUGCGCCAUUACAACGCCCGCAUGCACCACCAGGGGGAGCCCUGUUCCCGGGAGCGGCGGGAUAGUCAGAUAAAACACCCCCUAGAGGCCAUCCCCGAAACACUGACGGUCCAGCCUCAAAACGUCUGCGUGCCCAUCCCGGGAUCGCGAGGUCUGUCCCGCGUGUCGUCCGUGCAGUACCGUAAGGUGGAGCGGCCAUGUUUGAACAGGCACAGCUCCAGCAGCGGCUCGCUGUUCAAUCCCGCGCUGUACUCCACGUGCAGUACGCCCUCCGGCCAGCGACGACUGCCGCCUCAUCCGAGUUCUGCGGGAAUGCUGAGAAGAAGCAGGACGCUGCAUCACCGCCCUGCGCCCAUGGAGUACCGCAGACGGGCGAGUCACCCGGCCUCACCCAACUACUGCAGCGGUACGCUGCACCCCUGCGGCCACAGAGUCGACCCGCCCAUGAGUCUCCCCGAGGAGCCGGACUUGGCACUUAUGCACACCGUCAGUCGCCCGGCACACCCUGUUGCACUCCCAACCGCACUCCCUACACAGACUGUACACGCUACACAUGCAAUGAGUCAACCGUCCCUGAUCUCUCCAGCUGACGAGCACUGCUAUAUGCCUCCAGAUCUCCAUGACAACAGCAGGAUCCGAGCAUCCACCGAACCUCAGCUACAGAAGAGCUUUGUGACCGAACAUCCGCCCGUCUGGCAAAGAGACGGGCGUUUCCACACGCUAAGUCACACGCCCAGUCAGGACGCCAACGACACCUGGCCCAAACCCGCCAACCGUGCAGGCUCAGGUGGCGGAGGCGGUCUCUACAGCACCUUGGAGGGCCACACACCCACUGCUGCCAUCAGGAAACCAUCCAGCGGGAACCUGCGGGCCUUGCGAAACCAGAUGCUGCGGGAUAGAGCAUCCCGUCUGGCGGAUGAGCGUAGCGGCAUGAGCACGGACGAAGAGAGUCACAGCGAGGUCCGAAUGGGUCGCUACUGGAGCCGCACUGAGCGCCGCGAACACAUGCUGCAGAAGCAGCGACAGCUGCAGGCCAGAAGCGGCGGCGGCGGCGACGUAGCUGCGUCAGGAUUGGUGCAUAGCGGCGGAGUCUUGGGAGGAACUAACGGAGACAGUUGUAGUACUCUUCUCGAGCUGAGCCAGAGGAAACUAAGUCGCAUGAGGAACCGGAAGCUGCUGGACGACUGGACCACCGUAGAGGAACUCCUGACGCACGGAACGCGCCUGGCUCCCAGCGAAGACGCCCGGCAGCUGCCCACGUCGUUGCUCACCGUCACAACUGUAUAGCGACACCCACCGAGUGUGUGUUCAGAUUGACGUGUGUGUGUGUGUCUGUGUGUGUUGGACCGGCCGCACUACACAAAGCUACCUCCUGACAUUGAGGUUUACUGUAGAUACAGACGUUUCCGAGCACCGUAGUACAUUGAUUUUUAAAUGUUAUAAUUGCAGUAUCUUGUUUUGCAUUGUGUUGUGAAGAGACGUUUCAUUAGGGAGCGAAAUCACUGCAGUUUGAUUCGACCGCAUGGAGCAAUACAACAGACACCGACGCCAGGCUAAACGAAUUUCAUUUGGUGCCAAGAAAAGUUUACGUUAUGGAUCAUUUAAUAAGGUGGUGCUAAACGUGAGAUUCAUUUCUUUAACAUAAUUUGCAACUAGCCUAUUAAAGACAUCCGAAUUACGUCACUUUUGCACAAAAUUUAAAAAAAAAAAAAAAUCCCUUUCCGACUGUCUUCCUCUGGCUAAUUUGUGACGUUAGCACACCCCCUCUUUUCAAUCAUGAAUCUGAUUCUCUGGGAAUAAUAUCGGAUAAUCUAACGGUGGAUCGCGAGUCGGAUACGCCUCAUGCUGGAGAUCGGGCAGUGGAAACGCGAGCGUGUGUUGUGAAGUGUGCGGGUUCUUGCACUAUAACUGUAGUUCUGUAGAGUAUUUUUAAAGCUAUUUUUCUUGUGCUCUUCACAAUUGAUGUCACGAAAAGAAACGAACUUUUAUAAAGACUCAAACAAGAAUUAUAAGUGGUGUGUUAUCAAUUUGGAGAGAAAUGAGGUGCAAAUAUCGGAUAUUUUCAGCGCUCUGUUCUUCAAAUAAUGGGGUUUCUAUUUACAACGAGCCUUGUGAAACACCAUCAGAAUGAAUCCUGGAAGUUAAUGAAACGGUGUUCUGAAUGAUUCACACAAAUUCGUUCUGAUCGCGUUUCAUGAACGAAACCUAAUUAUUUUCCAAAGUAGAAGAAGCAUUAGUAUUUUUGGAGUCACCUGUGUCCGCGUGGGAGGUUUGCGGAUUUUUUUUUUUUUAUUUGAGCAGAAAAUCAGGAUUUUUCCCACCUGCACUAUUUUUGGUGCACGAGCACUGGAGUGUUUACAAUCUUUCCUCACAACUGUGACUCUCUGCGGCACGUCUCGCGCUCGUCUCUGAGGUGAAAUCACGUCAUUUCCACCGCGAGUCAAACGGAUGUGAACGGAUGGAACAUUAACAGAAAAACUCUGCCUCUCGUUGGAUUUUGCUCGUUUCCACUUUUAGAAAUAAUUUCUUUGGGAUAUGAUGUACAUGUGGUUGUAAUAAAGAUGAGAUUUUAAUUAGCUA